AGAGAGAGAGACAGAGAGAGAGAGAGAGAGAGACAGAGAGAGAGAGAGAGAUGUUAUAACUGUUGUCUCUCCUCGUCCGUCCUUAUAUUCAAACAUCCUGUCCUCCCUCUCGCUCCAUCUCUCCCUCCGUCAUCUCUCCAUUCUGAGUCAUGCUGUCCGUAGUGGUAGAACACAUCUUCCUCCUGGUCCUUGUCACCCUCAUCAGUGUCCUGCAGAAUGCUUUCUUUGCAACGAAGGUAGAGAGGGAGGGUAAAGAGCACCACGCCAACACUUCUGCUUUUGAGAGAGUGUCCUGCGCCAAUCGUAACUGCAUGGAUUCAUACCCUACCUUCCUGGCUGUAUUGUGGUGUGCUGGACUGUGUCUCAACCAAGCUCCUGCUGCCUUCGCAGGGCUCGUCUACCUGGUGGCCAGACAGAAGUACUUUAUUGGGUAUAUGGGGCAGACAUCUCAGAGCACUCCAGGGUACGUGUUUGGGAAACGUGUCCUGUCCUUCCUGUUCCUGAUGUGCAUUGUGGGUAUCUUCAACCUCCUGCUGGUGCGUUACUUCGGCAACGACUUUAAAGACACCGUGGAGACAAUCACCACCGCAGCCUCCGCUCUACUCCUCAUUCCCUGAACACGUGUGUGUGUCUGUGUCUGUGUGUGUGUGUGUGUGUGUGUGUGUGUGUGUGUGUGUGUGUGUGUGUGUGUGUGUGUGUGUGUGUGUGUGUGUGUCUGUGUCUGUGUGUCUGUGUCUGUGUCUGUGUGUCUGUGUCUGUGUGUGUGUGUCUGUGUGUGUGUGUGUGUGUGUGUCUGUGUGUGUCUGUGUCUGUGUCUGUGUCUGUGUCUGUGUCUGUGUCUGUGUCUGUGUCUGUGUCUGUGUCUGUGAGAUGUACUAUGGCAGUGACUAUAAAGUCUAUGUCCAGUUCUUAGUGCCGUGCAUCAUGGGUAGUCAGUAUGUGAGAUGGUUGAUUCAAUGUGGUGAAAAUGGCCUCUUCUGUGCUCAAUAAUUUCACGUUUUAUUUUUUCGAAUAAAGAAAAUAAAAUACUC